AUGGUGGGGCCGUUAGGGCAGUACCGCCCUGGAUUCCUCCAAACCGAACCGUCAUCCUCCUUUCCCGCCGCAUUCCCCGUCGAGAUCGAGUGGGGAUUGGGCAACGAGCUUCUGAUCUGCGCUCCGGCCGCAUCUGUCGCCGCGUCCGACGGCGCGUUUCAAGGCAGGUCGGACGACCGGCAUGAUGACGUGGCGGGACGCGGGUCGGCAAUUGUCAGCGUGACGUGGGCGGACACGUCAUCGUUCCACCGGCAGAUCGCAGCGGGGGCGUCGUCGUUGUACGGACGACUGCAGGCGGCGAUUGCGGCGGAAAUGGCGGAGGAAGCGGAAGACGCGGAAAUCGACGAGCGGCGCGAGAGAUGGCGACACGUCAGCAGGUGGUCUCGCCACGUCAGCAGGCUCCUCUCUCCACCGUCCUCCCAGUCCACGCUGGCAGCUGCGCGCGCCUCGCCCCACUCCCUCGGGAUCUCCGCCGCUGACCCGUUUGCAGCGAUAGAUGUUGAAGAGAGGGAGGAAUGGGGGGACGAGCCUACCAACCAGUCUCUGCCACGUGGCAUCACCCAGGGUGAGCUGGCAGCGGUCUGGGACCUCCUCCGCCUCUGCUUCCUCCCCGACCACACACCUGGCUCUGCUGACGUGGACAAUGACAUGGACACUCGCAUGGGUGGCAGUGCUGACGUGGACAGUGCAUUCAGGGGAGCAAGAGGAGUAGGGGUGCUUCGUCUCUCUCCUCCCUUCCUCUGCUCCCUCAUGCGCUCUGAUUCGUCUACUCUUCUCACCGCCGCCUGCUGCUGUUCUAGCUCUUCCCUCAAUUCUCUUUCUGACCACCCGCCUCCUUCCCUACCCACACCCCCCCUCUUCCCUACCCACGUCCCCCCCUUCCCUACCCACACUCCCCCCACCCCAUGA